ACCAAAUGCUAACUAAAUUGGUUACUAAUGCAUAAAAACUUUAUUUGUGUCCCAUGCAUCCCGCUUUCCGUUAUCAUAGGAACAUAUGAAAUAAUUCUUCACCAAGAAUUUGUAGCUGGAAGAGAAUUAUUGCUUAUAUUUACAUUCUUACAAAACGACUUACUUCCAACUGACAUCCAACUAACUACUACUGCCGGAUAUUUUCACAAAGAGCCAAUUGGAGAAGCUCUAUUUCUGGUGCCAAUGGCCUUUUGUACACCAUUUAGUGCACAUGCAGCAUUUUAUUAUGGAGAAGCGCUUUUGACUACAAUCAAUACAAGUACCUAUAAUGCAACACCACAAAAAGGUGACUUAAUGGACAGUUUGAAACCACGAACUGAAUCAGAUAAAAUUAGUGGUGAAGUGCGUUUGUAUUGCGAUUUUAUAUCAAAAGCUGGAAGUGACUGCUCAGUAUCCCCUAUUUCUAAAUAUGGAGAUGAUAAAGGGAAUUGUACGCAUAAAAAGAUGAACAGCUUUUCUACGCUUAGAGACUUGAAACCAAACGGAUCCUACCUUCUUGAAUGCUUUGACAGGGAUGGCUAUACUACUACCAGUUCUCUAUCAUAUGAAGUUGGUAAUCAAACAAACAUCUUUCUUGAGCAGCUACAAAAUACUCGACUCCCAAAUCCUAAUGAAGGAGAAAUCAUAUGUCCAACAGAUAGAGAUUCAGUAAAGGUGGAGGGCGUUGACGUUAAAACUCUAGGAGAUAGUCUUGUUCAUCUAGUUAGCUGGAAAGAAAUGGAUGAGAAGUACUCUCAGUGCUUAUCAUACUACGUGAUUAAUCGUAUUCAAAGACGGUUAAAACCAGAAUUUUCUAUAUUAUCCGUGGUGAAAUUUCGAGUCGACGGACAUCUGAAUAACGUCAUUGAUGAUGUUGAUGAAGACCAUGAUUACGUCUACAAAGUGAAGGCAUUCUUUAAAAAUUGUGAAAGAACAAGAUUUUCGGAGCGUGUUCUAAUUCGAACUUCAAAGGCACCCGCUCAAAACUGUAACUGCACUGUGAGUGAUUCACAGAAUCAUACUGGUAUUUUAGUCCCAUCUCUUGUCUUGGACGUGAGGCACGAAAUCUUGUAAAGAAGCUAUUGUUUCUUGAGGAAGUCUAAGGGGUGCUAGCAAAAAGUGAAUAUAUGCAAAUACUAAUAAUUUUUUUUUAACUGUAAACGUUUUUUCCUGUUUAACUCUACUUAUUGUAAAC